CCCGCUGAGGGUAUGUGCCCGGGUUGAGCCUGCUUUGAAGGGGACGACAGAUCCCGAUCCGAGCGGGAUGGAUGGGCAACUAUCAGGAGUAGGCGAGCGUGGUACAGGGGGAGUAAGCAGAGAAUGGUCGGGGUCACAAGCCAGGUUCAGCAGGUAGCGGACAGCGCGGUACAGAGGGUCAGGCAGAAGGAUGGUCAGGGACGGAAGCCGGGGUCAGAGCAGGAGAAGGUCAGCAUAAACAGAACAGGCAGAGUUUGGCAACAAGGAAGC